GUUCUGGGGAUUCUACUUGGAGACUGAGAGGAACACUUUACCGUUUCAUCCUGCACAGUUGAAGGCAGACUUUUAACCAGCUGGCUUGUUUUUGCUUCCUCGGACCCACUUGCAGAAAACGCACUCUUCCCAGGAGUCUGACAGAAACGUGUGCGGAAAGACAAUCCAAAUCGGUUUUACGCACGGGAGCAAAAGAGAUUGUUUUGUGCACUUAUCUCAGCUGAUAGACUCUGGUCAUUUUGGCAAGGUAAAGUCUAAUUUAAAGACUUUUUCCUUGCGUAAGGCAUCAGAAAGAACUCCUCCGUUUCACGCGUAUUUUGGCACCACACCGCUUUUCGUAUGAAUCUCCUUGACCCUUACCUUAAGAUGACGGAGGAACAAGAAAAGUGUCUCUCUGACGCCCCCAGCCCGAGCAUGUCCGAGGACUCCGCGGGCUCCCCGUGCCCCUCGGGCUCGAGCUCAGACACCGAGAACACGCGCCCCUCAGAGAACGGGCUGCUCGGUGUGGACGCAGACUUCAAGAAGGAGGAGGACGAUAAGUUUCCCGCUUGCAUCCGCGACGCUGUGUCCCAGGUGCUCAAGGGCUACGACUGGACCCUCGUGCCCAUGCCCGUGCGCGUAAACGGAUCUUCUAAGAACAAGCCUCACGUGAAGAGACCCAUGAACGCCUUCAUGGUUUGGGCUCAGGCUGCCCGCAGGAAGCUCGCGGAUCAAUAUCCUCACCUGCAUAACGCGGAGCUCAGCAAAACUCUGGGGAAACUCUGGAGACUUCUCAAUGAAGGAGAGAAGCGGCCGUUUGUGGAGGAGGCUGAGCGGCUCCGCGUGCAGCACAAGAAGGAUCACCCGGACUACAAGUACCAGCCCCGGCGGAGGAAGUCUGUGAAGAACGGGCAGAGCGACGCGGAGGACGGCAGCGAGCAGACACACAUCACUCCCACCGCCAUCUUCAAAGCCCUGCAGCAGGCAGACUCUCCGGCCUCCAGCAUGGGAGAGGUGCACUCUCCGGGGGAACUCUCAGGUUCCCAGGGGCCUCCCACCCCCCCUACCACCCCAAAGACUGAGAUCAGCUCUGUCAAGAUGGACCUAAAGCGUGAAGGGGGUCUCCGCUCUCUCUCAGACGGACGCCAGCUCAACAUCGACUUCCGCGACGUGGACAUCGGCGAGCUGAGCAGCGACGUCAUCUCCCACAUCGAGACCUUCGACGUCAACGAGUUCGACCAGUACCUGCCCCCCAACGGACACCCCGCCAUCCCCGGCAGCGUCACGCCAAUCACGUACACCGGCAGCUACAGCAUCAGUGGAGGAGGAGGAGGAGGAGGGGGUCCAGGGAGCCCUCAGAAUACAGCAUGGCUGGCAAAAACCCAAACCCAGCACUCUCUGGCCGCCGUCAGUUCCUCCGAGAGGACCCAAAUCAAGACGGAGCAGCUGAGUCCGAGUCACUACACGGAGCAGCAGAGCUCCCCGCAACACGCCGCCUUCAGCCCCUUCAACCUGCAGCACUACAGCCCCCCUGCCUCCACCUACACCUCCUCCAGGGCGCAGCAGUACGACUACUCCGAGCACCAAGGGGGGGCAGGAACAGCUUCUUACUACAGCCACGCGGGGGCGGGACAAAGCUCGGGUCUGUACUCGACUUUCAGCUAUAUGAGUGGCAGCAGUCAGAGGCCAAUGUACACGCCCAUCGCUGAUAACGCGGGGGUGCCGUCCGUCCCUCAGACCGGCCCCCAGCACUGGGACCCAGCACCCGUCUACACCCAGCUCACCAGACCAUGAAACCCCCCCAAAAACACUUUGAAUUUGGGGAGGGGGGCUCCCUGAAUCAGACACUUGAAGAGUAGAACAGCUGGACUUGUGAUUGGCUCACGUCGUGCCUUGCUAUCUUGAUAGAAACGAUAUAUAUAUAUUUUUAGAGAGAUGAUGAUAGAAAACAAAAUCCUCUGUGAGGACUUAUCGAUUGUUGAUAUUUCCGUAGGUACUGUGUAUGUUUCUCUUAUUUUUCUUCUGGCAGUUUGUAACCCAUGGGGGUGGGGAAGAGGUCAUUAUUUGUACCUGUAUGAACAGAAAGCUUUAUAUUUCAAAAGGUCAGCAGCUAACCAGCUCUGUUCGACUUCAGUUCUAUCUUUGCUCUUUUCUGUGCCAUUCAGCAAGUAUGGUUUGUAUUCAAGCUGUUGAUUUGUUUUUUCAAGAAAUGUGUUAUGAUCGUCAGAAAAAGUUAUUAGGCAACACAGAGAAAGAGAGGCUUGAUUUCACAAUGCCAUUUUUUUAAAAGGGGGGGGGGGGCGGACUGCAGCCCUUUCCACCAUCCGUGCCUUGGAUUUUUUACAUUUUCUCAAACUUUUUGUAUGUGUGUGUGAGAGUGUGUGUGAUGGCCACAGCUGAGAUUACACUUACCGUCCAACAGCGUGUGUUUGACAGCUACAGGAAGUCACCUUUGACUCCCCCCCCCCCCCCCCCCCCCCCCCUUUAGUCUCCUACCUUGCUGGUCACCCUCCCCCCUCUGGGCAAACCCAGUUUAAAACUUUAUUUAUUUAUUAGCUUUAAUUUUAUUUCAAAGUAAUUAUUUUGCAUACUAUUCUUAUAACUAAUUAAAUGUUGUUUUUGAAAUUUACAUUGCAUAUCAUUUCCCCCCCCCCCCCUUAUUCUUUUUUUUUUUCAACCCAGGGGGUUCUUAGACAAAAUGGUACACGCUGUAAUCAACUUUUUAUUGUUUAUUUAUCUUAUCUAAAUGUCUAUUUUAAGUAUGUAUUUGCCUUUUUCUGAGGGUCUGGGGGGGGAGGGCUAUCUAACGAAAUGUGUACGGAUUAUUUGUUAUUUGUGAAUUUCCUUUGAGUUGUACUUUAAACUAUGGCUGGAAGAACUGGAAGAUGUUAUCUGAGUUUUGAAACUUUUGUUUUUGCGAUCACAAGAAGGACCGUCCUUUCUUUCUGCUCCAUUUCCUUUAUCUCCUAAUAUCACAAUGUUCCCAAUACUUUCUUUUCACCUUCUGUGAUCUUGCCAUGUAUUUGUACUGUCUUUAAAGAAUCUUUUGUAUAUGUAUUUGCAAUAAAAGAAGAAAUAUGCUAUUAAAAACAACAGAAAGUUUGUUA